AUGGCUUCUGUUAAAAAGUUGACUAUAGGAAACACCAUCUUGAAUAUUGGUUUCCUUGUACUUAGUAUAGGGAUAUCUAUUUUGUACAAGCUAGUAAGGAAGUUUCUUGGGUUAGAUUUUGAUACCGUGGAUGUUGACAACAAGAAAAAUUCAACUAUCUACGAAAGAAUCAUUAAGUCUAAGGAUAUAACGGAGAUUGCAGAUAUAUACGGUUAUAUUGUUAGAGAACAUGUUAUCACCACCGAGGAUGAAUAUGUGCUAGUUAUACAUAAGCUUGAAAAAAAAGGAAUACGGUAUAGCCCCAGAGGUAAAAUAGCGUAUUUUCACCAUGGGUUGCUUACCAAUUCAGAGUUAUUCUUGCUUGGUGGUACAAAGGAGCGGAUUUUACCAUUUGUAUUAGUUGAUAUGGGAUAUGAUGUGUGGUUGGGUAAUAAUCGGGGAAAUAAGUAUUCUAUGAAACAUACCAAAUUGUCAAUCGACGAUUCUAAAUUCUGGAAUUUUUCGUUGGAUGAAUAUGCGUUAUACGAUAUUCCCAACUCGAUUGACUAUAUUUCAUCACAUUAUGACGAAUCAGCUAAGAUAACUUAUAUUGGAUUCUCACAGGGUUGCUCUCAGCUAUUUGCCAGUUUGAGUUUGAAGCCAGAAUUGAAUUCAAAGUUAAAUUUAUUUAUUGGAUUAUCGCCAGCGAUAAUCCCCAGAAACUUAAACCACCCAAUUUUCAAAGCUAUUGUUAUUCAGUCAGCAAAUAAUAACGAAUUUUUGUACAGCAUGUUUGGAAAUAAGGCCAUACUUCCAUCAGUUGCAUUCUGGAGCUAUUUUCUAGGCUCCAGUCUAUACGAGAAAGUGGUUGAUACGUCACUUGUCUAUUUAUUUGGAUGGUCGGGAAAAAACAUGACAAAAUCCCAGAAAAGAAUAGGAUAUCCGCACAUGUUUUCGAACUCUUCUGUCAAAUCAUUGAUACACUGGUUCCAAAUAAUUAAUAGCAAACGAUUCCAGAUGUUUGACGAAACAUGCAACAUCGGAAUGACCAAAUUGUCAAAUCUUUCGAGUGUAUCAAGGUCGAAAACUAGCAGGGUGGCUCCCUUCCCCAUAGCACACCAUUUGAACGUCCCUACGUUUUUGGUUUACGGUGAUUCUGACAUAUUGAUUGAUAUGGAAAAUACAAAGGAAUUAAUACUAAAUAUUAACGAUAAAAUGAAAAAUAACCUUAUAGAUAUAGUGAAUUGUCCUGGGUAUGAACAUAUGGAUACAUUAUGGGGGAAGAACGUCGUGGACGAUGUCUUCACAAAAGUCAUAGAUACUAUGGAAGCAAUUCACAAAGAGCCGAAAGUUAAUGGCGUCAUGGUUACUCUGAAUACCCUAGACGAAAGUAGCUCUGAAAGUUGCUAA